AUGUUAUAUAGUAGAUUAGAUAUAAAAAAACAUAAUGAGAAUACUAAAAAUAUGUCCAAAUGUUAUACGAUUGUGUCUGAUGAAUUGAUAUCUAGGGAAUAUAAUAUAAAGAAAAAUAGAAUGUGGUAUUACAUUUUUGUUAAAAUAUUAUUUCUUAGUUUUUUCAUAUGCAUAUUGAACGGAUCGAGCUAUGAUACGUAUUGUAAGGAAGGCAAUAAGGAAGAUAAUGUAGAAGGGUUAUUUAGUAUAAGACCAAGCAGAUCAUUAACUGAACGUAAACAAAGAAAUAAUGGUAAACCUUCUGUAUAUGUUAAUAAUGGUGAAGAAGAAUAUUAUGAAGAAGUAUAUUCAGAGGAGGAACAUUCCCCAGAUGAAUAUGCUGAUGGUGAAUAUUAUGAUGAUGAUGGAAAUUACGAAGAAGUAAAUUAUGAUGAAGAAUAUUAUGAGGAAGAAGGUGAGAAGUCAAAAAACGUUUUAGAAAAAUAUAAUGAUUAUGCAUCAAAAAGCCACGGUAUGUCAUCAGUGCUAAAAUCUGUUAUCAGUGGUUUUACUGAAACAUGUAACGAUGUAAAAGAAGCAGUGAAACCUAAUAUAGAUACUAUAAAAGAUACCCUUUCAAGUGGUAUAACAAAUAUUGAUAAACGUGUUGUGGGUAAUGUUUCUAGUAUAAUAAAUAAAAUAACAAACGCUGAUGAGGAAGAUAGUGAAGAAUGUGAUCAGUAUGAUGAAUAUGAUCAAUAUGAUGAAAAUAUGAAUGAUCAAAUGUUUGAUGAAAUGGAAUAUGAAGAGAAUCAUAAUACUCCUUCUAGUCCUAAUCUUAAGAAAAGGGCAUCAAAUUACAUGCACAAAAAUCCAAAUAAAGUAAAUACUAAAACUGUAAAUAAACAAAAUAAGUUUUCAAAUACUGGAAAGAAAUUUGUACAAGAAUUUAAAAGUAAUACUCAUGAUGGUAUGAAUAAUAAAGUAAAUACUACAAAUAAUGCACCAAAUGUAAUUAAAAGUAAUACUCAUGGUGGUAUGAAUAAUAAAGUAAAUACUACAAAUAAUGCACCAAAUGAAAUUAAAAUGAAUACUUAUGAUGGUAUGAAUAAUAAAGUAAAUACUACAAAUAAUACGCCAAAUGAAAUUAAAAUGAAUACUUAUGAUGGUAUGAAUAAUAAAGUAAAUACUACAAAUAAUGCACCAAAUGAAAUUAAAAGUAAUACUUAUGAUGAUAUGAAUAAUAAAGUAAAUACUACAAAUAAUGCACCAAAUGAAAUUAAAAGUAACACAGAUAAUGGUGUAAAUAACACGACAUAUGCUACUACCAAAAAUUUUGUAAGUGAAUUUAAUAGCAAUUACGAUGAUGGAAUAAAUAAGGGAUCGUAUACUACCAAAAGUUAUGUAAGUGAGUUUAAAAGCAAUUACGAUGGUGGAAUAAAUAAAGAAUCGUAUACGACCAAAAGUUAUGUAAGUGAGUUUAAAAGUAAUUCUGAUGGUGGUAUUAAUAAAGAAAUAUAUACACCAAAAAUUUAUGUGAGUGAAUUUAAAAAUAAUGAUGAUGAAGGUAUUAAUAAAGAAUCAUAUACUACCAAAAGUUAUGUAAGUGAGUUUAAAUAUAAUGAUGAUGGAGGUAUUAAUAAAGAAAUAUAUACACCACAAAUUUAUGUGAGUGAAUUUAAAAAUAAUGAUGAUGAAGGUAUUAAUAAAGAAUCAUAUACUACCAAAAGUUAUGUAAGUGAGUUUAAAUAUAAUGAUGAUGGAGGUAUUAAUAAAGAAAUAUAUACACCAAAAAUUUAUGUGAGUGAAUUUAAAAAUAAUGAUGAUGGUGAUAUUAAUAAUGAAAUAUCUACACCAAAAAAUUAUGUGAGUGAAUUUAAAAAUAAUGAUGAUGAAGAUCUUAAGAAAGAAUCAUAUACUACCAAAAGUUAUGUAAGUGAGUUUAAAAAUAAUGAUGAUGGAGGUCUUAAGAAAGAAAUAUCUACACCAAAAAAUUAUGUGAGUGAAUUUAAAAAUAAUUUCGAUGGAGGUAUUAAUAAAGAAGUAUCUGUACCAAGACUUAGUGUGAAUGAAUUUGAAAAUAAUGAUGAUGUAGGUCUUAAGAAAGAAGUAUCUGUACCAAGACUUAGUGUGAAUGAAUUUGAAAAUAAUGAUGAUGUAGGUCUUAAGAAAGAAGUAUCUGUACCAAGACUUAGUGUGAGUGAAUUUGAAAAUAAUGAUGAUGUAGGUCUUAAGAAAGAAGUAUCUGUACCAAGACUUAGUGUGAAUGAAUUUGAAAAUAAUGAUGAUGUAGGUCUUAAGAAAGAAAUAUCUACACCAAAAAAUUAUGUGAGUGAAUUUAAAAAUAAUUUCGAUGGAUGUCUUAAGAAAGAAGUAUCUGUACCAAGACUUAGUGUGAGUGAAUUUGAAAAUAAUGAUGAUGUAGGUCUUAAGAAAGAAGUAUCUGUACCAAGACUUAGUGUGAAUGAAUUUGAAAAUAAUGAUGAUGUAGGUCUUAAGAAAGAAGUAUCUGUACCAAGACUUAGUGUGAAUGAAUUUGAAAAUAAUGAUGAUGUAGGUCUUAAGAAAGAAGUAUCUGUACCAAGACUUAGUGUGAGUGAAUUUGAAAAUAAUGAUGAUGUAGGUCUUAAGAAAGAAAUAUCUACACCAAAAAAUUAUGUGAGUGAAUUUAAAAAUAAUUUCGAUGGAUGUCUUAAGAAAGAAGUAUCUGUACCAAGACUUAGUGUGAGUGAAUUUAAAAAUAAUUUCGAUGGAUGUCUUAAGAAAGAAGUAUCUGUACCAAGACUUAGUGUGAGUGAAUUUGAAAAUAAUGAUGAUGUAGGUCUUAAGAAAGAAGUAUCUGUACCAAGACUUAGUGUGAAUGAAUUUGAAAAUAAUGAUGAUGUAGGUCUUAAGAAAGAAGUAUCUGUACCAAGACUUAGUGUGAGUGAAUUUAAAAAUAAUGAUGAUGUAAGUCUUAAUAAGGAAUCUUAUCCUCGUAGAAAAUUUGUAAGUGAGCUCAAAAGUAAUACCUACUCUUAUAUGAAUAAAAAUCCAUAUUCUCAUAAAAAAUAUGUAGGGGUGUUAAAAAACAAUUCUGAUGGCGGUAUAAAUAAAGAUUUUGGUACAAAAGGAAGUGUAAUAAAUGAAAUUAAAGAUAAUAAUAUGAAUAAUGAAAAUAUGCAACUAGGUACUACAAAAAAUGUAUUAAGUGAAGGUACAUAUAAUAAUGAAAGUGAUAUGAAUAAAAAACCUAGUACUAGUACAAAUAUUAAUAGUGAAAAUAAACAAAAUGCUCACACUAGGAGUAUGAGUGUAGCAAAUACUAAAAGUCAUGUACAACAAAACGUAAAGACAUUUUCAUCAAACCAUUAUGAGAAUGAAAAUAAUCAUAAAAUGCAUAAUGUUAAUGAAAAAGAAGAAGUUCCCAAAAUAGAUAGAACCAAAAUCAAUACUCGUAGAGCAAGUGUUAGUGAAAUUAAUGAGAAUGUAGAGGAAACCAAAAAAGAUAUUCCACAAAAUAAAAAUUAUAAACAUCUUACUGAUGAAGAAAAUAAAGUAGAAAAAGAAAUGAGUAUUCACGAUGGAAUGAAGGGACAAAAAUAUGGUUCUAAAAAUGUAAGAUCAUUUUCAUCACAAGGAAUAAGACAAGAUUUUCCUUAUAAAAAUGAAAAUAAUCAUAAAAUGUAUAAUGUUAAUGAAAAAGAAGAAGUUCCCAAAAUAGAUAGAACCAAAAUCAAUACUCGUAGAGCAAGUGUUAGUGAAAUUAAUGAGAAUGUAGAGGAAACCAAAAAAGAUAUUCCACAAAAUAAAAAUUAUAAACAUCUUACUGAUGAAGAAAAUAAAGUAGAAAAAGAAAUGAGUAUUCACGAUGGAAUGAAGGGACAAAAAUAUGGUUCUAAAAAUGUAAGAUCAUUUUCAUCACAAGGAAUAAGACAAGAUUUUCCUUAUAAAAAUGAAAAUAAUCAUAAAAUGUAUAAUGUUAAUGAAAAAGAAGAAGUUCCCAAAAUAGAUAGAACCAAAAUCAAUACUCGUAGAGCAAGUGUUAGUGAAAUUAAUGAGAAUGUAGAGGAAACCAAAAAAGAUAUUCCACAAAAUAAAAAUUAUAAACAUCUUACUGAUGAAGAAAAUAAAGUAGAAAAAGAAAUGAGUAUUCACGAUGGAAUGAAGGGACAAAAAUAUGGUUCUAAAAAUGUAAGAUCAUUUUCAUCACAAGGAAUAAGACAAGAUUUUCCUUAUAAAAAUGAAAAUAAUCAUAAAAUGUAUAAUGUUAAUGAAAAAGAAGAAGUUCCCAAAAUAGAUAGAACCAAAAUCAAUACUCGUAGAGCAAGUGUUAGUGAAAUUAAUGAGAAUGUAGAGGAAACCAAAAAAGAUAUUCCACAAAAUAAAAAUUAUAAGCAUCUUACUGAUGAAGAAAAUAAAGUAGAAAAAGAAAUGAGUAUUCACGAUGGAAUGAAGGGACAAAAAUAUGGUUCUAAAAAUGUAAGAUCAUUUUCAUCACAAGGAAUAAGAGAAGAUUUUCCUUAUAAAAAUGAAAAUAAUCAUAAAAUGCAUAAUGUUAAUGAAAAAGAAGAAGUUCCCAAAAUAGAUAGAACCAAAAUCAAUACUCGUAGAGCAAGUGUUAGUGAAAUUAAUGAGAAUGUAGAGGAAACCAAAAAAGAUAUUCCACAAAAUAAAAAUUAUAAACAUCUUACUGAUGAAGAAAAUAAAGUAGAAAAAGAAAUGAGUAUUCACGAUGGAAUGAAGGGACAAAAAUAUGGUUCUAAAAAUAUAAGAUCAUUUUCAUCACAAGGAAUAAGAGAAGAUUUUCCUUAUAAAAAUGAAAAUAAUCAUAAAAUGCAUAAUGUUAAUGAAAAAGAAGAAGUUCCCAAAAUAGAUAGAACCAAAAUCAAUACUCGUAGAGCAAGUGUUAGUGAAAUUAAUGAGAAUGUAGAGGAAACCAAAAAAGAUAUUCCACAAAAUAAAAAUUAUAAACAUCUUACUGAUGAAGAAAAUAAAGUAGAAAAAGAAAUGAGUAUUCACGAUGGAAUGAAGGGACAAAAAUAUGGUUCUAAAAAUAUAAGAUCAUUUUCAUCACAAGGAAUAAGAGAAGAUUUUCCGUAUGAAAAUGAAAAUAAUAAACAUUCAGGAUUAAAUACACCAAAAAAUAUUCCAGUAAAUAAUAGAAAAUUAAGAAAAGGAUGUACUGUACAUGAAAUAGGUUUUAUGGAUGAUGAUAAUAGAAAUACUAUGAAUGAUACAACACCAAAUGUUAAUCUUAAAAAGAAAUACAAUUUUGGACCUUCUGAAGGAAAGGAAAAAAAUAACACACAAAAUGAAACACAUAAAUUAAAAUCCGACAUUGGAAAUUUUAAAAAUAGUUUACAUAAAGAAGAAAAAAAUGUAACAGAUAAAUUAAAACCUAAUUUUGAAAGUUCUAAAGAAAAUGAAUCGAACAAGGGAACAAAUGUUCCUGAUAAAUUAAAAAUUGAAAAAGAUGCUAAUAGUGGUAGUGAAUUAAAAAACACGAAUAAUAAAGAGAAGGAAGUAAAAAAUAAAUUUAAUGAUACUACAGACAAGAUGUCACAAGAAAAACAAGACAAUCAAAAGGAAGUAGGUGUUAGAUUUGUUGAUAAUAAAGAAAAGGUAUUAGGAAAAAAUGAACAUCAUGAGGAUCACUUAAAAGGUAAAUUUGUUGAUAAUAGAGAAAAGACAUUAGGAAAACAUGAACAUCAUGAAGAGUAUGUAAAAGGUAAAUUUGGUGAUAAUAGAGAAAAGACAUUAGGAAAACAUGAACAUCAUGAGGAUCACUUAAAAGGUAAAUUUGGUGAUAAUAGAGAAAAGAAAUUAGGAAAACAUGAACAUCAUGAGGAUCACUUAAAAGGUAAAUUUGGUGAUAAUAGAGAAAAGACAUUAGGAAAACAUGAACAUCAUGAAGAGUAUGUAAAAGGUAAAUUUGUUGAUAAUAGAGAAAAGACAUUAGGAAAACAUAAACAUCAUGAGGAUCACUUAAAAGGUAAAUUUGGUGAUAAUAGAGAAAAGACAUUAGGAAAACAUGAACAUCAUGAAGAGUAUGUAAAAGGUAAAUUUGUUGAUAAUAGAGAAAAGACAUUAGGAAAACAUAAACAUCAUGAGGAUCACUUAAAAGGUAAAUUUGGUGAUAAUAGAGAAAAGACAUUAGGAAAACAUGAACAUCAUGAAGAGUAUGUAAAAGGUAAAUUUGUUGAUAAUAGAGAAAAGACAUUAGGAAAACAUAAACAUCAUGAGGAUCACUUAAAAGGUAAAUUUGGUGAUAAUAGAGAAAAGACAUUAGGAAAACAUAAACAUCAUGAGAAGGGAGUAAACGUCCAAUCAAGUAACACAAACAAACACAUGCCAAGAAAAAUGUUAAGAUAA